CGCGCGCGCAGCGGGGCCCCGCCGCCGCCGCCAUGGAGCUGCUGCUGCCGCGGAGCCCGCGGGAGUUCGGCUCCGCCGGCUACUGGGCGCGGUUCUUCCGGCAGCGCGGCGAGCGGCCCUUCGAGUGGUACGGGGCGCUGCCGGAGCUGCGCGCCGCGCUGCGCCGCUACCUGCGCCCGCGGGACAAGGUGAGCGAGGGACGCGGCCUCCCCCCCCCCCCCCACCCCACCCCGCGCGGCGCCCGGGCCUCGUCGCCAGGGCGUUCUCGCCGCCCCCGCUGCUCUCGUCCCGCUUCGCAGGUCCUCGUGGUCGGCUGCGGGAACUCGGAGCUGAGCGAGCAGCUGUACGACGCGGGCCUGUGCGAGGACAUCGUGAACAUCGACAUCAGCGACGCGGUCGUCCGCCAGAUGCGGGAGCGGAGCGGGAGCGGGCGGCCGAAGAUGAGCUACGUGCGGAUGGAUGUGCUCCAGAUGGGCUUCCCCGACGGCCUCUUCCAGGUCGUCUUGGACAAAGGCACGCUCGACGCCAUCCUCACCGACGAAGAGGAGGCCACUCUAGCCAAGGUGGACAGGAUGUUUGCCGAGAUCAGCCGGGUCCUGCAGGUAGGAGGGCGCUACCUCUGCGUCUCCUUGGCUCAAGACCAUGUGCUGAAGAAGGCGGUGGAGUACUUCUCCCAGGAAGGCUGGGUAGUGCGUAUCCAUGAGGUGGCCAGCAGCGGGGACAAGCAGCAGUUUGUCCUCCCUAUCUUUGUCUACGUCAUGACUAAGUUUAAAAAAGUCCCUGGCUUGGCACCACAAAUCCUGGAGAUCUGCCCCGAGGAGCAGGACAAGCCGAUACGGGUGGAGAGCGCGGAGCAACUGGUGGAGGCAGUGAAGGACAGGCAGCAUUAUGCCCUGCUCCGCAGCCAGCUGAGCAAAGCCUGCAGUGGGGAGCAGCUUUCCCUGGAUCUGUGCAGCAGAGAUGGUGGGAAGCCUCGAUACACUCUGCAUGUGGUCGACAGUCCCUCGAUGAAACCAUCACGGGACAAUCACUUUGCCAUCUUCAUCAUCCCACAGGGCAGAGAAACUGAGUGGCUCUUUGGGACGGAGGAAGGGCGGAGGCAGCUGGCUGCCAGCGCAGGGUUCAAGCGCCUCGUCACCGUAACUCUGCACAGAGAGCAGCACUACGAGGGCAUGGAGGGCAUCCAGGCCGAGCUGUCGGGGAAGGUGAUGGAGCUGGCACCACCGGGCCUCCCUGCCCGGCAGCAGGUGCCUUUCUUGUCUGUGGGAGGCGACAUCGGGGUUCGGACAGUGCAGCACCGUGAUACCAGCCCCCUGAGCGGGGAGUAUGUUGUGGAGGAUGUGAAGGGGGAUGACAAGUAUUACUUCCGCCGCCUCGUCUUCCUCAGCAACAGGAAUGUGGUGCAGUCAGAAGCCCGGCUCUUGGCCCCAGUGCCUCUGCCAGGCCAGAAGAAACGGAGGAAGGACAGGAAGAAACCCAACCCCACUGAGCUGCCUUCAGCCAUCGACAAGAGCUACCUGUGCUGCGAGCACCACAAGGCCAUGGUGGCCGGGCUCUGCCUGCUGGGGAGCCAUGACUCUCUCCCAGGAGCCCCGCUCAUGGUGCUGGUGGUGGGGCUUGGUGGGGGCAGCCUGCCCCUCUUCCUCCACGACUACUUCUCCCAGGCCCGUGUGGCUGUGGUGGAGAUCGACCCCUCCAUGCUGGAAGUGGCCACGCGCUGGUUCGGCUUCUCCCAGGAUGACCGGAUGCAAGUGCAUGUCUCCGAUGGCCUGGACUACAUCGCUAAGCUGGCAACUGAAGCCUCAGCCCAAUAUGAUGCCGUCAUGUUUGAUGUGGACAGCAAAGACCUCACGGUGGGAAUGAGCUGCCCACCUCCAGCCUUUGUGGAAAAGCCUUUCUUGCAGAAAGUUAAAACCAUCCUCAAGCCAGAAGGAGUCUUUGUGCUGAACUUGGUGUGCCGAGACACCCGGCUCAAGGAGUCCGUCCUGGCCACCCUCAGGGAGAUCUUCCCGCUGCUGUACGCGCGCCGCAUCGAUGGGGAGGUCAACGAGAUCCUGUUCUGUCAGCCCAGCCCCAAGGGGCCCCGGGACCCCACAGAGCUCCUGGUGCGUGCCCAGGCGCUGGAGGGGGCCCUGCGACAGCCCGGGCGCCCCUGGGACAGCUCCUACGUCCUUGCAGACAUGCUGCAGGCUGUGAAGAUCCUGUGAGAGGGGCUGUGAUGGGAAAGAAGGGUCCCUGCAUGGGUGCUGUGGCCAUAGCCAGGACUGCCCUCUCUGCCAGGGGGCUGGCAUUGGCCUGGCUCUGCCUGAAGGUCUGAAAGGCUCCCCACAGCAGGAGGGAGCCCCAUGCAGCUGGCUGGGGCUCUGGGGCCAGACUAUUUGCCAGGAGCCCCUUUAGCGCGGUCUCUCGAUAUGGGACUUUUCCCCCAUGCUGGAAGUGGGGCUGGGGAAGGGUUUGGACUGGCAGGGGACAGCACAGCUGAAGGAGCCGUGUUUGGGAGGUGAGGAGAGGCAGGCGCUCCUCACCUGGGAUCGCAGGAUUGGUGUUUGGGACUGACCCCUAUUUCCUGCGGUUUAUGCCAGAUCCUGGGCAAGAGCCCAGCCUGGCUGCCCGCUGGGAUCCUCAGCUUGCGCUCGGGGUGGCUGCUCUUCCUGGGCACUGCCAAUGCAGCCGCUUGAUGCCGCUUUGCAAUGCUGUCACGUUGUGGGGACAUACGGCCCUGUUGGUGCAAAAACACUCUGCCAACUGCCCCUUUCCCUUCCAGCACAGCUCCCUCCCUCUGGUUGUGCCUCUCUCCGCGUGUCCACCACCUCCAUGCAACCCCACGGCUCUGCCCCAAGCCUGGGUGUCGGGGUAGGGGGGGUGUGCAUUUGGGCUGCGAGCUGUAACAAUAAAAUGCUCGGGCUGCCCUGCGGCCCGCUGGGC